CUUGGAUGGAAGACCACCUAGGAAUACCAGUUGCAAAUCAACAGGAAGUGAGGCCAAACCACAGUGCCGCCGUCAAGAAGCGCACACGCCGGUUUCAACACGACUGGAGGAGUUUCGGCUCCCCCGAAGCACAACGCCUUCAUGACCUCACCGAGACGCACCAACCGCGCUGCAGGCUCAAGACAGAUCCCAACGUGCACAUGGCUGAAGGCGCCGCCUGGAUGGAAGUUGCUGACAAAGCCACAAACAAAGAUGACAAGACUUUAAAAGAUGAGGAGGAAGAAAGCCAAGAUGUUGACUGUCACGAGUUGGAGAUGUACGUGGAGGAUUCCCAACAGGCUGUCCUGCUGCCGACGGACUUCCCGGAGUCGCUGUAUGAGCUGCUGUGCACGUUGCAGGAGGGCCGGCGCCUCAACGACCAGCGCUGCUCCUUCCUCCUGGACGGUGGCAUGAGGAGGCGAUGCCACUCCGAGCCCAACGCCGCCAAGCCUUCGCAUAGAGUGAUCUUCUCGUCCAUGACGUCGCUGCAGCGUGAGGAGUUUUUCGAGCUGGUGACCAGGGUGCAGGCUCGCCGCCUGGAUGAGCAGCGGGCACAGCUGCGGAGGUCGCCGCGGGGCAAGCAGAAAGGCCAAAGCUUCCCAGGAAGCCUCAAGCAGCUCUCCUUGGCCAGGAGAGCGCCCAAGAUGGGCGCCAAGGAGGAGCUCUACGACAUGAUUCUCACCACGCAGGCUCAAGGCAGGCUGGAGGAGCAGCGCAGCCGGGCCCCGGGCCCCAUGGACGACGACGACUUUUUCUCCCUGCUGCUGAGGGUCCAGGGGGGCCGCAUGGACGAGCAGAGGACCGAACCGCUGCGCAUGCCGCAAACAUGACCGACCGACCGCCAGGAUGACAACGGCAGAGCUUCAAUGUGAUUUUGCUUUUUACCGAGUUGCAAAGCUACUUGAAUGUCUGCUGGCGAGGCUUGCUUUUGGGUUGGUUGACAACUGGGAUUGUUCUCUGCUUUGCAAUUCAUUAAAGCAAAAGUGCACCCGA